CGAAGGAUGAUGACAGAUCGGAUGACAUCGGAUGACUUCGGAAAACCUCGGUCACUUUGCUGAAAUGAUGAUGAGUGAAGCCGACGAGCUGAAAUAUGAAGAUAACAGGGCGGACAGUGGCAGACCAGCGGCUGGGAAACUAAAACCUACAGGAGACACAGCUCAAAGCUGCUUUCAUCAGGAGUCGAGGCCCCCGACCCCGCCGGUGGUGAGGAAACAUCGCGACAGUUCCCAGCCGAGGCUGGGAGCCGUCCGAGUUCACCGAGGGAAGGCCGACGACCCAGAUGUGGCCAGCUCGCUCGUACAUGGCGUCGUUACCAAACCGUCCAUUGAGGGUGGAAGCUUGAUAAACCCUCCACAAAAGACAUUGUUCCAGGAGAAGCUGCAGCAGAUCAGUGAGUCUGUGUACGCCUCCAACAGGAGAGCGCCACUGGGCCGGUCACAUGACCAGAGCGCCGAACUCCCCGCCUGGUGUGACCACAACACCACGUUUGGUGUGAAAACAGAGAAAGUUCUGGAUGUACGUGAGAUUAUUAACCCUCCGAAAACAGCAGAGGAGCUGCAGAGGGAAGCCCAGGAGGGACACGACGCUUAUGUCAGGAGCCACAACGCCUACUUUGUUGGUGAACGAAUUGACAGAGGGUACGACUGGAGUCACUACAGUAAAGACAGCAGGUUUGGGAUCGCCACGCCUCAUCAUAACGACGGCCGGAGCCUCAGCAAGACUCUUCACUGGCUCGGAGAGACCAGGAAGUUUUACAAUCCAAAGCCUGUUUGGAAGAGAUCCAGUGACAAGGAGAAGAUGGCCGCCCAAAUGGGUGCGAUUAUCAAUCUGAAAAAAAAUAAAUUACCCGUUCCAGACGAUCACAGCUUUGGAAUCGUCUUGCCAGCAGAUGAAUUUGGUGUUGGAGAAAUAAUCCACUCCACAGAGGCGGGGCAGUACGCCAGAGGCCGAGAGCGGCAGCGCAGCCUGCUCAGCGCAGUGCAGCACCACCUCAAGAACACCAACUUCAACAAGUUCGAUUCCCUGCUGAAGGCCUUCAGACACUAUGACAAGAAAGGACAAGGAAUGAUCGACAAAGAAGACCUGCGCGCCGUGUGCCGUGAGUUCGAGCUGGAAGUGUGCGAGCCGGUCCUGGACGACCUGAUGGACUACUGCGACACGAACCGGGACGGACUCAUCGACUUCCUGGAGUUCGCCAACUUCCUCAACUGGAAGGACAUAAUGCCCGUUAACCGUCAAGAGCAGCAGGUUUUAACAGAAGAGCCUCAGACAAACACGGCUCCAGUCAACGCUGACGGUAAUCCAGAUGCAGAGGAGCUUCCUGCCUUUCAGACCUUGAUCACGCCUGAGGAUCUGGAGCCUGUUGAGCCUGCGAGCUCGCUGAAGACCCUCAGGGUCCUGAGACGACCGAAAGCAUCUCCAGACCACUUCAAGACCUCGUCCUCCCUCAUCGGAGCCGCCGCUGACAAACCAACCACUCCAGACAGUCGCGCCUUCGGGAUCCCGACGGUUCGCUCCGACCUCCCACCGCCUCGCGUCAAAAGAGUCAGCGACACCACCAACUACGGCGGCACGCCCACGGCCGCAGACCUGCUGCACCCGUCAGUUUACUCCGUCCGAGGCGUUCACGAGGAGCAUUUCUUCUGCCCUCGGCCCAAGAAAGAGAUCGCUGAAAUCUUCAAGAAUAUCGGCGUGAAUAUUUCCGAGGAGACGUUCGAAGAGGCGUGGCAGCUGGCGUCCAUGACGCAGCCGAACGGGGAGGUUUGUGUGGAGGCGUUCCGAAACGUCCUCAAAGAAUUAAAGGCGAUGUGAUGCAUUUAUGUCCCGGUUCACCGUUUACUCACCUUCGAGUUUGGUUAAGUCUUCGCAAGUGGAAAUGAACACAGCAACAUUUGGUAUUUAUUACUUAUUAAUCCCAGAGGGAAGUUCUUUGUAUGUACAAUCACACAAGAUCUGCCUGGAAAUGAUAGAAUGAAUUGAAAUCUUUUCUAUUGAGGGCGAAAAUCAUUUAUUAGUAACAGUUUGUCAUGAGCUGUGGAUCCAAUUAUUAUUUACGACAACGCUGAAUUUGACACAAAAAUGAAGGACUGGCACAUUUAAUGCUCCAACAUCUUUGAACCCUGGAAGGAAACUACUGGACAGGGGGAAAAAAAAACGCCUUCAGUAUUCUCUCUAAGCUGAAAGAGCGCUAUAUGAAAGCUAGUGAUGUUAUUGCAAGUGAAAAAGAAUUGGCAUUAAAGUAAAUAUGUGCAAAAAGUGCAGAAAAACUUGUGUUGAGGUUACGUCACGACCCUCCAAUUUUAAUAACUUUACUGGAUCACGAAGUAAGGAUAAUGUUGCACCUCCUGGGUGAUCUACAAUACAGGUAUAUAUUUUAACCCGCAUCACGUUGGUUGUAUGUAGUAAUGCACUGAAGGGCUGAGUUGGUCUUUGAAGCUUUAUUGUUUAUGAUUGGGAACCGCAACAAACAACUCAUCUGAUGUUGUUGUGGACGCGUUGUUCAAAGCAGCAGUACAUUUGUCUCUAUUUUUACCUCUGAGAAUUCCACACACGUAUGUUUUUGUAGAUUUCUCUCAUGUUUGGGAAUCGUCUCCGUCCGGAUUGUUGAAUGGAGUGUGACAGAUAUAAAUGCACAAAGAAUGCUCGACGCUCGAAUGGCGUCGGUAAUAUCAAGAUGUUGAACUGUAAAUACACAGAAAAGCUCAUUUUCAUGCCAUCUGUGUCAAUACAGGAAACGUGA